AUGGAUCGUGAAGAAAACACUUUAUUAACGCCUCUCAACACAGCGAAGCCCGCUCUUGUGCCUGGUCUCUCCGCACAUGGACUUUCCGCAUUCAACCCAUUUGGCAUUUCCUCGUUGACAGAAAGGACGCUCUCCUCUGAUUUGGGCUUGAUGAAUGGCACCAGUGCUUACUCGCCGUCUAGUUCGCCCAGUCCCUCCAAUGCCAUCGGCGCAAGCUGGCCAAAGCACAGGCAAUCGCCCCAGAGUGUCCCACCGCGAGAUCUUUUCACCAGUAAAAGCUCCACUCUUCCAUGGGCCAGCCCUGUCCCACCUAAUCAUCAUGAUUUAAACGGGACUACAGGACAGUUUGAAGCGCCCCUACCGCAGACCCCGCAGACGCUUGAUAUGAUCGUUCUUCAACUAGAAAAAUUUGGAAUUCGUCUGACUCCUGAGCAGAAAAUGUUGAAAGAACAAUAUGGGAAACGCGCUGCCGAAUCUUUCAAGCAUCACUCGCCCAUGUCGCCAACUCUCGGCGAGUCUAGUUUCCUUGCUCCAAACUUGAAGCACAUGGCAAGUCGAUUUGAUAUAUCCCCUAUCUCGUAUACUCAAAACAACAAGAGCGACGGAGAAAGUAUGUCAGUAUUUCCUUCUGCACACGAUUUUGACGGCUUUUCAAAUGGCAACACAUCUUAUUCUGCUCCUGUCGAGAAACGAGGCAAAUCAUCGUGGGAUUCGGGGACUUCUUCUUCGAUAGGGUCGCCCAACUCCAAUCGCCCGGUUAAGCCAAUUGGACCGAUGAGUAACCGGCCAGCUGGAUCUGGCUUUCCCUCACCCGGUUCUAUUGGCCAGGAUCGGCCGAAGCAAAAGCAUGAUCAAUGGGGACUGAAUAUGGCAGAUGAAGGGAGCACAGAAGAUUUGUCGAAUGUGAAUUUCAUCGGCGACAAUUUACGACGCCGAGUAGAAAGCUUACUCGCUUCAGACGAUCCGGAUGAACUUGAUUUCACGGAAGACAUAAAAGACGCGAAGAAAAGACUUUCGGAACAAAAGUGGAAUAUCGAAAACUACGGUGCUGCUCGAGAAUCGCCGCCUUCUACGACGCCACCAUAUCAUCAUCCACCACCUCCAAAAACUUUGAAGGAUGUUAUCGCCUCUAAUAAUACCGCAUCAUCUGAAAAACCCUCUCCUGCUAUUAAAGCCGACUCGAGAGAGAAGAUCGCCGCCACCGUUGCUGAGCUUUCUCGUCGCGAUUCUAGCGAUCACCUUCAAGGCCACGAACUCAUCCAGGCCGAGCAGACUGGAAUUUUAAACGAAAAACUUGCGCAGGGCUUUAAAUUCGCAAGAAUUUGCUCUGUCUGUUUCCUUCAACGAAGGGUUGGAUUUGAUGGAUUCGACCAUCUCCCUCCUCCUGGACAUCAGUGCGCGAAGAAUGUCUUAGUUGUCCGCUCUAAUGACUCUAAAAUUUGGAAACGCGUGCGUAAUAUGCCUCAUCAUAUAGAUUAUCGUGGUCCUUUUCUUCUUUGCAGACACAUAUCACAGAACGAGGCGUGUCCAUAUAACGACGCUUGUACAUUUUGCUAUAACGAAGAAGAGAAAGAAAUUUGGUCUUAUGAACGACGCGGCCUUUUCAACCGAACUCGUCUCUUCACCGACCCCGUUGUGGAUCCUAUCGCUCAUUUCCUCCGCCAAUACAGUGGCUUCUUCUUCACCUGCAACGGUUCACAUCUCGACGAUCCUAGUGCCUGUAAUUGUACCGAAGAAACGCUCUACUAUCAGUCAAAUAUGGGUCAGCGGCCAAAUAUCAUUCGGGACACACCCGAUGGUAAAACUAUGGAACUUUGUCGCUACUCGAGCACAAAUAGAUGUAACCGCGGCGAUCACUGUUAUUUUGCGCACAGUAUGGUCGAAUUGGAUGCGUGGAGAAUUUUCGUAUCACACGGAGUUUUGCCUGAUGAGAUUUUAGCCACCGCAAACAGCCUUCAGUCGCCCAAUUCGGGCUCCCCUGCUCCCUUUUCUUCUACCUUUAAUUUCAAGCACAAGUGGAUCUGUUCGAGCUGCCACAAAAACGGGCAAACUGUAGAACGAAAAGGAAAAACUAAUUACUGUUCUCUUCCACGAAAUUCUCACAGUUGGAGGGACCCCUUAUUAUACGUCUAUAUUGAAAAAUGGUCGCUAGUGAGAGAUUUAUUAACGGUGUUCAAUAAAAAUAAUGCAAAUUUACCUUCCACAUUCGUCGUUUGUAAAAAUAUUCGCGAUAAAAGUCGGUGUGAUUAUGGGGAAGUUUGUCAAUUUUCGCAUUCUGAUGAAGAGUGCAAAGUUUGGAAUUAUAUGAAAGAAAACAAUAUCAAAGGACUCAAAGAUUUAUAUAAAAAAGUAUCGAAGGUGUGA